AUGGCUGGAUCUGGAAGCUCAGAGGCUAGAAUCCCAAUUUUCUCUGGUGAGAACUAUGAGUUUUGGAGGAUUAAGAUGGUUACCAUAUUCAAAUCAUAUGGUUUAUGGGUUUUGGUAGAGAAGGGGUUUACAAUCCCAGAUUCAAAGAAUAAGGAAUCUGAGGAUGUUUCAGGAGAAAAAGUUGAUGAGAAAGCAGCUGCCAUUCUCAUGAGGGAUGCGAAAGCUCUUGGAAUUAUCCAAAAUGCAGUUUCUGAUCAGAUUUUUCCCAGGAUUGCAAAUGCUGACUCUGCAAAGAUGGCUUGGGAUCUGCUGUACUCAGAAUAUCAUGGUGGAGAGCAUGUUAGAUCGGUAAAACUUCAAAACCUCAGACGUGAAUUUGAGUACACUAGGAUGCGUGAUAAUGAAACCUUAUUUGAUUAUCUUACUAGACUAAAUGAAUUGAUCAACCAAAUGAAAACAUUUGGUGAAGUUUUGUCAAAUGAGAGGCAGGUUCAGAAGGUGUUAAUUAGUCUUAGUAAGAAGUAUGAUCCUAUAUGUCUUGUGAUUGAAAACACAAAGACUCUAGAAACUGUGGAGUUGCAGGAAGUGAUUGCCAUUUUGAAGAGUCAAGAACAAAGACUUGAAAUGCAUAAUGUUGAUACAGCUGAGAAGGCAUUUGCCUCAAUCACUGUGAAUCCCAAAGGUCAGAAUAAAAAUGGAUCGCAGUCUGGUUCAUCCAAGUCACAGGGAAAUUGGCAUUCUAAAGGAAAGCCAUGGGAGUCAAAAGGCAAGUCACAGCAGAACAGUUAUCCUGCACAGAAUGUCAAUUCUACAAAUCAGGAGAAUGCAAAACCUCAAUGCAAGGUGUGUUCAAAGCAUCAUUUUGGUGAGUGUAGAUACAAUGGGAAACCAAAAUGCUAUAACUGUGAUAGGUUUGGACAUUUUGCUAGGGACUGUACUGUGAAUAAAAAUGUGCAUAAGGCAAACUAUGUAAACCAAAUAGAUGUGACAGGGAAUCUGUUUUAUGCCAAUUGCACAACCACUGAGAUCAAAACCAAUGGAGAAUGGUAUGUUGAUAGUGGUUGUAGCAAUCAUAUGACAGGAGAUUUAAAACUUCUGGUUGAUGUGAGAACUAAUGUGACAGGGAAGGUACAAAUGCCAACAGGUACACUUGUAAAUGUUGCUGGCAUUGGUUCACUGAUGAUUGACACAGAAAAUGGUAGGAAAUACAUCAGAGAAGUAAUGUACCUGCCAGGGUUAAAGGAAAACUUGCUGAGUGUUGGACAGAUGGAUCAACAUGGAUAUUGUCUGGUGUUUGGAGAAGGAAUGUGCAGGGUGUUUGAUAGUCCAUCUAUGGAUUAUCUAAUCAUCAAAGUACCAAUGAAGAGUAACAGAUGCUAUCCAGUAUCUUUUCUUGCUGACAACCAGCUACUCAUGAAAACCAGUUUCACUCAAUGCACAUGGAUGUGGCAUAAAAGACUAGGUCACUUGCACUUUAAAGGUCUGAAACAGUUAAGAGAGAAAGACAUGGUGCAUGGUUUACCACAAUUGGAAGAACAAAGUGGUGUGUGUGAAGGGUGCCAAUUGGGAAAACAACACAGGGUUGUGUUUCCAAAGGAACAAGCUCAAAGAGCAAGCAAGGCACUUGAAUUGGUGCAUAUAGAUCUUUGUGGUCCUAUGAGAAAUGAAUCAGUUGCAAGGAACAAAUAUUUCAUGCUGAUUAUAGAUGAUUUCACAAGAAUGAUUUGGGUAUAUUUCUUAAGAAACAAAUCAGAAGCUUUCAGCUGUUUCAAGAAGUUCAAGUCUAUGACUGAAUUACAAACUGGACACCAAGUGAAAUGCAUAAGAAGUGACAGAGGUGGAGAGUUUCUAUCUACUGAAUUUGUGGAGUUUUGUGAAGCUCACGGCAUUCAAAGGCAGCUUACAAUGGCCUAUACUCCUCAGCAAAAUGGAGUGGUAGAGAGAAAGAAUAGGACUGUCAUUGAGAUGGCAAAAUCAAUGUUACAUGAUAAGGGAAUGCCUUAUUUCCUAUGGGCAAAAGCAGUGCAUACAGCUGUUUAUUUGCUGAACAGAUGUCCUACCAAAGCUCUCCAUAACAUUACCCCAUUUGAAUCAUAUAGUGGAAGGAAGCCUGGAAUUGCACAUCUGAAAGUUUUCGGUUCUCUGUGUUAUGUUCAUGUACCAGCUGAAUUGAGGCACAAGUUGGAUCCUAAGAGCACAAAGGGAGUGUUUGUGGGAUAUGCCACUUGUGAAAAAGGCUAUAGAGUUUUUGAUCCAAUCUCUAACAAGCUGAUAUUGUCAAGGGAUGUGACAUUCGAUGAGGAAGGUGUUUGGAAUUGGACAGAUAACCAUGGUUCAGAUAUGCCAACAUACUCAGUUGAAAAUCAAGUAGAGUUUGAUGUCAAUUCUGGAAAUUCAGGUGACAAUGGUGCAGCUACACCUCUAACUCAGAAUCUGCAGGAAGGAAAUUUGUCAUCUACUCAUCACACUCUAAGUGAUAUAAGUAGUGAAGAAAGGAGAACUCAAGCCUAUGAUCAUUCUCCAUUAAAGUGGAGGAGACUAGAUGAUGUGUUGGCACAAUGUAACUUGUGCAUCGUGGAACCAGAAAACUAUGUUGAUGCUGCACAGGAUGAAUCUUGGCUUAAGGCUAUGCAAGAUGAAUUGUACAUGAUUGAAAAGAAUGGAACAUGGGAAUUGGUGGAAAGACCAUCUGAAAAACCAGUGAUUGGAGUUAAAUGGGUUUACAAGACAAAACUAAAUUUGGAUGGUUCAGUUCAAAGGAAUAAAGCAAGGUUAGUUGCCAAGGGAUAUGCUCAGAAGCCUGGACUGGAUUACAAUGAAACAUAUGUACCUGUAGCUAGAUUGGAUACCAUCAAAACACUUAUUGCUCUUGCUGCCCAAAAGAACUGGAAAUUGUACCAACUUGAUGUGAAGUCUGCUUUCCUUAAUGGAGUAUUACAAGAAGAAGUCUACAUUGAUCAGCCGGAUGGUUUUGUGAUUCAAGGUCAAGAAGACAAGGUAUAUAAGCUACAUAAGGCUCUAUAUGGUUUGAAACAAGCACCUAGGGCCUGGUAUGGAGAGAUAGAUAACUAUUUCUCUCAAUGUGGUUUUGAGAGAAGCUUAAGUGAAGCAACCUUGUACACCAAGGUAAGGGGAGAUACGGAGAUCCUAAUUGUGUCUAUCUAUGUAGAUGAUAUUUUGUAUACAGGGAGCAAGCAAACACUGUUAGCUGAAUUCAAAGAAGAUAUGAUGGCUAAGUAUUAG